AUGUAUAGUUAUAAAUAUUAUAAUUUCGAUUUGAAUAUCGAAGAAGAAUUAACAGAUGAAAUUUCAAAACUAAUAUGUUUAUGCACAAAUAAUAAUAAAAAUAAAAAUAAAAUUCAAUUGGAUAGUUAUGAUGACCAAUCAAAAUAUGCAAUAAUAAAACAUAAUAAUAAAUUAAUUGCAGUUGGAAGAAUCACAUUCGAAAAUAUUAAAGGUAUAGGUGAUGAUUAUGGUGAUAAUAAUAGUAAUAAUAACUUAAAGGCUAUAAUAAUUAUAUUAAUUAAAUUUAAUUUUUAUAGUGAAUUUAAAACAGAAGAGGUUAGCCAAAAUAAAAUAAAAAUAGAUAGAUAUAACCAAAGAAUUAUAGAUUUUAAUCGUGUUUGCGUUCACCCAGAUUAUAGAAGGAAUUUAAUUUAUGAAGCAUUAUUAAUAUGGUUAUUUAAAUAUGCAGAAGAUCACCAUUACACUACCAUCAUUGGUGUUCAAAGAUUAAUGAAUCAAAGAUUAAUUGAAAAAGUUAAAAGAUUGGGUUUUUUAAUUUAUAAUAACAAAUUAAAUAAUAAUAAUAAUAAUCAUUUUUUAAAUAGUAAUAGUAAUAAUAAUGAAAAUAAUAAUUUAUGUAACAUAAAUAAUAAUAUCAAUGUAAAUAAUGUAAAUAGUAAUUGUAAUUUUAAUAAUAGUAUAAAUAAUAAUAUUAAUAAUAAUAUAAAUAAUAAUAGUAAUAAUGGUUAUAAUAAUAAUAUAAAUAAUAAAGAUUCUGUUUCAAUCGUUGACCCAUGGGAUCAAAAUAAUAGUAUUAAAAUGGUACCAUUAGUUCAUUAUAUUAAACCAAAUUUAUUGGAUCAUUUUUAUUUUAUAAAUUUAUGUUUAGAUAACAGAAAGGAAGAAUUUGAAUCAGCUAUAAAAUUGGUUAAGUUUAGUACAGAUUUUCAUUUACAUUAUAGUGGUGCAAGUGACAGUUUUUUAUUUUUCGACAAUAAAAAUCAAAAGAAUAUUCAAAAGUCAAUGUUAAAUUUUUCAAAGUCUUUAAUAUCAAAAUUAUAA